AUGGUGGCACGUACUCUGGUUGGACUGCGUCCACGAACGAGGCGGCCACUGCUGCUGAUGAUCUUACUGUUAGCGUUUGAUGCCGUUUCAUUCACAAAUGCGUUCAUCGUACCGGAGGAGCUGCCAUCGAUACUUUCCCUGGUUUACUCCAACAUUCCACCGAUCAAGAAAGGAACCGAUUCACGGAUAGGUUUUGGCUUUCGACUGGGCGAGCAUGCGGAUUUUCAGGUUCAGCUGGAGCUGGGUCCCCAGCUUAACACGCGACCGAUCGGAGCGGCCGCCGGAAGUAGUAAACGAUACGUGGAUAAUGAGGACUACGCAAACUCGAUAAGGAAUUCACCCCGAAGCGGAUCGUCCUGGCUUCAAGCGUGGUCGAAACAAACGAAACAGCGGCAGCAGUUCAACAAGGAUAAGCUGCGGGACGCACUGAUGCCCCCGGCACCGGUAAUGAACGAGGGGGCCUUCAAUCAGCUGCAACAACUGUAUGAAAUGAACAAACAGCGCGAGUACGAGGAUUCCGUCGGAACGCUGCCGGCGGAAGUGCUGGAGACGCGCAUCAACCUGCUGAAGGCGUUACACAAUCCAGUGACACCGUUUAAGCCCAUGCCCGGCGCGGUGAGAGGCGAAAGUGAAGCGAAAAGUUUGUCCACAGCAGACGUUCAAGCUGCGGAACCGACGGUCGGAUCGAGCAAUCAGAUUAUCAUCGUUGCUGAACCGGAUGUCCCGUCCAGCACAACCACUGGAGUAGCAGUUGCGGCUACAAAGCCCACGAUACUGUCAAGCACGGUCGGGGAAAAUGAAGUCAGUAGUAGUAGCAGCAGCAGCAGCAGUAGCUCUACCACGGCCACGGCAACCGUCGAAGGUGGUCGAAGAAAUGUGCGGCGACGCACCAAUCGACCGGUUAGCAAGCGGGACAAGGAACGAAUUACGGCUCAACUGUCCGACGUGUCGUUGGACUAAGUUUUGCAGCGCCAACGCCACUGUCCACGGCUGCGGAUCGGCAUGUAUUAUAGAGGGCGGGGUGUGAAGCCGGACACACCGGCUUCGCCGUAUGUUCGAUGUAUAUAGUUAAUGGUUUAGGAUGUGAUAUUUAUUGACUACUGGCGGGUCGUUCCUUUGCACUAUCCGACGAACGUGGGUGGGUGUACUAGGUGGGGUAGCG